UUUUUCAUGGCCAAAUCUUGCUUUGCUUUAGCUAUUUCUUGAGGAUUAUUUUCACAACCAACCCUCUCCUUUUUCUUGCCCAUCUUCACUCCUUCUCGAGUAAACUUCUCUUAUAUAGUUUUAGCUCAUGAAACCCACCUUCCGAUCUAUCAUUUGCGUUAAUACACAAUUUACCUUAUAAGUUUCUUUCCCUUCUUUUUUGGGGUAUGACUGAUCUUGAUUUCCACCCGAAACCCUUGAAGCUCUUCGGCUUCAACAUCGUCGAAAGCGCGGCCGCAGAUGAUUCGACCAAGCCUCCGGAGGGGUCGACUGAACUCGAAACGGAUGGCCGUAAAUACGAGUGCCAGUACUGUUUCCGGGAGUUUGCUAACUCUCAAGCCCUAGGAGGUCACCAAAAUGCUCACAAGAAGGAAAGGCAGCUACUAAAGCGUGCUCAAAUGCAAGCUGCUACUCGGAAUUCCAUGAUAUCGGCUUUUACACGCUCGCCACACCUCUUCGCCAUGGUACCAUCAGCUGCUGCACCGCCGCAGUAUCAAUCUUCAUUUUCCAUGUCACAAGGAGGAGGAGGAGCCCCGUUGCGUUUGUUGCAUGGUGGUACGUACCUUUGUGGGUCUGCUUCUGCGCAAGGACCGCGUUUAUAUAGGGGAGAAGGAAGGGAGACCAUGGCCGCUGCUUUUUCCGGUGACGUGCGGGAUUAUACAGGAGUUUUUCCGGUGGUCAGUCGGUUCGGAGAAAAUGAAGGUGGGCCUAAGAUUGAUAAUGGAUUAGGUAUUGAUUUACAGCUUAGUCUUGGAUCGUCUGUGCCGUGAUAUAAAACAAAUUGAUGGACUUCAUCAAGCUUAAGUUUAUGAAUUGAAGUUGUUGGGGUUGAAAAAUGUAAUAUAAUCUCCCUGAG